AUUUAAAGGCUUCAUAAUCUUGUCACAAAAAAAUAUCUUCAUGUUUUGUAUCUUUCCGUUAUAACUCACAUAAUUCUCUUCCAGAUUUCUUGGAUUUGUCCCCGAAUCAAUUGGAGAUCUAAGAAGAAGAAGGAUCUUCAAAUGUGUACUCAUCAUGAUGACCAAUCACAAUACAACCUCCCUUGUCUCCAUUGUCAACCACAUUCAUACAUUCGCAUGGUUCAAAAUAUGAUAGAGAGAUGCAUUUUACUCCGUAUGACUCGUGACGAAUGCAUCAAGGCGUUAGACCAACACGCAAGCAUUCUACCGCUCGUUACGCUCACCAUUUGGAGAGGACUUCAAAGGGAAAAUAAGGAUUUCUUUGAAACGUAUGGGAAUUUCGUCUCUCCUAGGCCAUGCUUAAGUGGAUAUGUUCGGAGAUCGCCGAGGUUGGCGAGAAGGAUACAGUGAAGACUUUGCUUUAGGCUUCUAGAUAUAUGUAGUAGAAAAAGCUUGAAACAUAGGUUACUUAUAGAAAGCUAAGAUGAAUUAGUCACGCUUUUAUGUAGACCUUUUAUGUGAAAAAGUUUCUAUCAGAUCAAGCGCAAAUAAGCUUUUAUUGUGUGAUCUAUUUCUAAGCUUGCUUGUCUAGAUGCAGUCUAGUAAUUGAAAACCCUUAAUAAAGAAUUAUUUACCGUUUCA